UUAUUAUAAAAUCACUGUUUAUUGUUAUUAAAAUUUGGCAACAAUGUACACAAGAUGAUUAAACGUCAAUGUCAACAUUUACAAAGUGUCAAAAGCAUUGAAAACAGUUGGCAAAAAUUUUAUUUUUCUAAAUUAUUUGCGAAUAUGGCUACAGCCUUAUCUUAUGAAGACCUGCGAAAACAGGCCAGGCAUCUAGAAAAUGAAAUAGACUUGAAACUAGUAGCUUUCAGUAAACUGGGAGCUGGAAUAAAAACGCCUAGUACAUCUCAUCCCGACACUAUACCAUUACUAUCAGGAGAUGAUACGUUCGAAGCCAUGUCUUUGGAAAUCGAAGAUUUAUUAAACAGAUUGACUCAUAUAAAUGAACGGCUCUCAGAACAACCUGUAACUGGAGCUGCCAUGUUACACACGUUGCAACGACACAAAGACAUUUUGGCGGAUUUAUCUCGCGAUUUUCGAAAAACGAACUCGCUCAGAGAGUCUCAAAGGCAACGAGAGGACCUGCUGAGGGGCUCUGAGAGUUUUAGAUCCGAUGGUAUUAACAACAGAAGAGAUAUUUACCUGAAAGAGAACCAACAUAUACAUAAUUCUGAUCGUCUAGUGAACGAACAAAUAUCAAUAGCAAUGGAAACGAGAGAACAUUUGAACUCCCAAAGACAGACUUUCAAACGACUCCAAACGAGGUUCAACGAUAUUUCGAACAGAUAUCCCAUUAUUAAUAGCGUCAUACAAAGAAUUAACAUCAGAAAACGGAGGGAUUCCAUUAUAUUGGGUUUAGUAGUUUCGUUUUGUACAAUUGUUAUGUUAAUUUACGCGUUCCGUUAAAAUUUCUUCAUUUACAAUAACGAAUACUUUUUUACUAGAUAGGUUAUUAUUUUUUAUGUGAUAGGCUCAAAAUAAUAUUGUAGACAACAUUAAAAAAUUGUAUAUUUUAA